AUGCUCCCUUCCCAGUCCUAUGUCAACAUCUCCUUCUUCCAGCCACAUGCCUUCCUGAUGAUUGGCAUCCCAGGGCUGGAGGCUGUUCAUGGAUGGAUCUCCAUCCCCUUCUCCUCCAUGUACACUGUGGCCCUCACUGGAAACUGCCUGAUCCUCUUGGCUGCGGGGAGAACUUCCAGCCUGCACCAACCCAUGUACUACUUUCUGUCCAUGCUGGCCCUCACCGAUGUGGGCCUCACUCUGUCCACACUGCCCACCACCCUGGCUGUGCUCUGGUUUGACCAUCGGCUCAUAGGUUUCAAUGCCUGCCUGGUCCAGAUGUUCUUCCUCCACUCCUUCUCUGUGGUGGAGUCGUCGGUGCUCCUGGCCAUGUCAUUUGACCACUUUAUGGCCAUCUCCAAUCCUCUUCACUAUGCGGCUAUCCUCACCAAUAAUGUCAUCAUUAGGAUUGGACUGGCCAUUGUGGCCCAUGCUACCCUUUCUCUCUUCCUGGUGCCCUUCCUGCUUAAAUGUCUGAACUUCUGCCCUAACAAGAUCCUCUAGUCCCACUCAUUCUGUUUCCAUCCUGAUGUGAUGAGAAGAGCCUGUGCUGACAUCACCAUAAACAUCCUCUAUGGGUUCUAUGUGGUACUGUCCACUGGUGGCACAGAUUGUCUGCUCAUCGUCCUCUCCUACGCUCUCAUCCUACACACAGUGCUAGGACUGGCAUCUCCCAGGGAACGCAUCCGAGCCUUCAACACAUGUGUCUCCCGUAUCCUGGCUGUCUUUGUCUUCUUCAUCCCAGGCAUUACCAUGUCCAUGAUACACCGUUUGGGGAGGCACCUACCCCCCAUUGUACAUGCCCUGGUUGCCUAUACAUACCUGGUGGUGCCCCCUGUGCUCAACCCCGUCAUCUAUAGUGUGAAAUCCAAGCCCAUCAGGGAGGCCAUGAUUAGGAUGCUAAAGAGGAAAGACCAAGGCUGA